UAAUGUUUAUUUACAUUUUAAGUUUUGUUUUGGUCGUUCUUGGAUAUCGCAUGAUAUUUGCAUUUCAUGUUAGCACUGUCUAUGAUUUUAGUUUUAGUUAUUUGAAGUUGCGUUGUUUGAAAAAAUAAUGGAACAAAGUCUAUCACCUGAGUUUAAACAUUUAAAACUUAAACCUAUCUGCAAGCCAGAUGUUCCUUUGAAGCAAUCAAGAUUCACAAGUUUUGAUGAAAAUUCUCUUUCAAUAAAAUAUUCAUUUGGCUAUCAGUGUGACUUUGGACCCAAUAUAUGUAUGCUUAAUAAGGAUAUUUUAAUAUUGAUUUCUGGAAACUGCCUGUGUUUGUUGGAUGUCACAACACAAAACAAAAUGUUCUUACCUUCAGUUAAUGGGGUUGGCUUUAGUUGUGUAAAUGCACAUUCUUCAGAAUGUUAUUUUGCUGCUGCUGAAAAAGGGCAAGAAUUAUGUAUAAAUAUUUUUGAAUAUCCUUCCUUGGAGGUCUGCAAAACAUUAAAACAUGAUAUCAACCUUAUGAAAACUCAUCUUUUGUCAUUUGAUCCUGAUGGUGAAAUCUUAAUAUCAAUAAGUGAAGAUCCAGAAAAUAAGAUUUUUAUAUGGCUUUGGGAACAAGAAUAUUUGAUAUAUGACACACCUGUAAAUGAAUUAAGAAUUUACAAUUUGCAUUUUUCAACUGCUGAUUCUAGUAUUUUCUUCACUUCUGGGAAAGGACUUAUAAAGUUAUGGUCUUUCUCUUGUGUAAGAGAUGAACGUGACGAUAUUAUUGAAUUGCAACUUAAUCAAGCUUUUGAGUUUACAAGUUCUAAUAAGGAACAAAUAAUUUAUUGCACCGUUUCACUGCCAGAGAACAAUUUUGUAUCUGGUGUGGAAGAUGGAUAUCUCUAUUUUUUCCACGGUAAUGUAGAUACUGAGGAUGUUACAAACUGCAAAACUAUUGGAAUGAAAAACUCUUUGCCAUGCCAUAAUGGAAGAAUUAACAGUAUUAUUAACCAUCAGGAUCUCAUAAUUACUUUUGGAUCUGAUGGUUUCGUUAAGUUUUGGAAGUAUAGUGACUUUUUUAAAGUUGGAGAGAGUGAGGAAGAUUCAGAGGAGUCAUCAUCUUCAGAAGGUUCUGACAGUUCAAGCAAAUCAGAUACUGUCAGUACUGAGUCUGAAAAAGAGCUCAUUCACAAGCCAUUAAACUAUUUAUCAUUAAAUCCAGUAAAAAGUAUUUCCCUUUCUGAAAAAUCAAAUCUAAUGCAUGCUGUUCUUGUUUCUAAAGAUGCUACAACAUACAUUUUAAUUCAGGAUCUUUGUGGCAAGCUUUGGAAGUUGAAUGUUCCUGAUGAUUUAUCAGAAAUAUCACCAUCACUGUUAAUUUAUGGCUUUGGGCUAAAUUUAAGUGGCAUGGCCAUGUGUCCAGUAUACCCUCUGUUAGCUGCUACUUCAGAAUUAGGUGAUAUAGUAAUCUUUGAGUGUACCAAAAAUGAUAUACUGUUGACUGAUCAUUUUAAUAGUUCAUGUACUCAAAUAAUAUGGCCUGAUAAAAAGUUGGAUGACAUUGGAGCAUCACUCAUCCUUGGAUUUGAAGAUGGUACAAUACGUUGGCUCACCAUUGUUGGUUCUGAAAGCAAAAGAUUAGAAGCGAAAGCCAUUUCAAAACCUCAUUCAGAUGCAAUUAAGUCUCUCAGUUAUAACAGCACACAUUCCAUACUUGUCUCUCAGGGUUUGGAUUCCAAAUUAUUCUUCUUAUAUCUUACUAAGAAUGGUUUUACGCCUAUAGGUUUCUACAUUAACCGGCAUGAAGUUGAUCAAUUAGAGUGGGUUGUAUACAACAGCUCUGACAGUUAUUCUGAGCCACUUCAUAGACUUCUCAUCAUUUGCAAAUACAGUUACAUGCUGGAAGUUGAUAUACCAGCGAAAACUCCUUUGAAUGAUGCCGAUAAUGUCCAAGAAACAUUUUAUAUUGAAAACAACAACUGUCAAAUUUAUAUAAUUGACUCUCUAAUAGAUUAUCAUGAGUUAGGAGACAGAGUUGUAGUUAGUGAUUGUGAAGAAAUGACAGAAGAAGGUAAAGAAGUGUUAAGAAAUCUGAAGUAUGAUGAGAAGAAAGCAAGAAGAGAAAGUUAUUGGGAGGAGUGCCUUGGAAAGUCUUCUGAACGCAUGAUUCCACCAAAAAUCCUUGCAUGUCUUUCUUCUGUUAAUUCAGGACAUAUUUGGCUUGCUUUUGGUAAAUUUGACUUCAGGUAUCUUUUUGAAUUUGCCUUAUGCCAGGAAUUUCAGCAAUGUCCAGUAGAGUUAACACCAGUUAGAGCUUUGGAAAUCUUGACAUCUGAAUGGAGUAGUGUGCUUUCUCUUCAGUAUAGUCCUUGUGGAGAAUUUAUAUUUAUGGGAUUGCAGAAUGGAUCUUUGAAUAUUUGCCAUCUAGAAAAAGCUUUUGAACCUUCAUCAGGGUAUCAUUUUGGGAAAUUUCAACUUCAUGAUGCUGAACUGGGACAGGCAGAAUAUUUACAGAUUUCUUCUGAUGGAAGUUGUAUUAUUACAGGAGCUGGUGAUGGAAAUAUUUUCCUGCUCAAGUUCAAUGCUUUACAGUAUAAAGACACUAUUUUUCAUGGGAAUUUGCCAUAUUUAAGCAGUACAUCAUAUGAAGACAAAGUGGCUGAAGAUGAAGGUAUGCUUCCUUUGGAAGAGGCAUUGAAAACAAAGAUGGCAGUAAAAAAUGAAAAAUCUAAAAAUGAAAACUUAAAAUUGUUGGAACAGUUGAAAAAUGAAUACAACAUAGUUUUAGAAGAAUACAAUAAAUAUUUAAAUAAAUGUGAGUCAUCUUUAAAAGGUUUUGAUGAAAUUCCUGAAGAUUUAAAGCUGAAUACUGAUAUUGUGCCACAAAAAGCAGUUGAAGUGUUUGAGGAGGACACAAAACGAUUAUUGCAGAAUGUUGACAGUGAGUUUGAAAGAGAAUCAGAGUGCCUUACCCUAUUACACAAGAAAUACUAUGACUUCUUUAAAUCUAGAAUAGAAUCUGAAAAGAUGUGUGUUGAAUAUGAGAGUAACAAAUUGGAAAGUUAUAGAGAAUGUGUUUUUCCUAUGUCAUGCUCUGAUAUUGUUGAUAAAUCUUACCUUCGUAUAUUUGACAUGCUAAAUGAAGUUGGAGUUAAAGAUGCUAAAGAGGGAAUCCAAGAAAGUACCAAAAGGAAUAAAACUUUAAUGAAUCUGAAAAUGAAAUUGUCUGCUACUCGUAAAGCUCUUAUUGAUUAUACUGAGGACACUCCCAUAUUACCAGUUGUUUUGAAGUACAACAAAAGGAAAAAAGAAUGCAUCAAUGAUCUUGAGAAGUUAAUCAGAGAAUAUGAACAGUUUGAAAAUAUGCAUCCCAAUAUAAGCAUCUGCAAUGAAGCAAAAGAGCAACUGGAAUCUACUUUCUUCAAGUUCAAGCAAAAAUGUGGAUUAGAGAUAGCAUACCCUGACAUAUUGUGUACUUUUUCUGAAAAGAAGGACAAAACACAGCUGUUUGCAAAAAAGAUGAGAGAUUUCCAAAAGCAGUUUAACAUUUUAGUGGCUGAAGCAAAUACUUUAUCCAGUUCAAACAAAACUGUUAGCCAUAAACAUUUAUCUUCUACUGAGUAUGACCAACAACAACAUAAUAAAUUGAAUUGUUUUGACAUUCAUAUAUCAAAUAAAAAAGGACAGCAGUCUGAUGUAAAGAAAGUCUAUCCAAAGAUUAAUUGGGGGAGUACUGUUGUUGACAGUAGAAAAUCUUCCGUUAGGAAAUUCUCUUCUGUUAUCAAAAUGAGCCGACAACAUUCUGAAUCAUUACCAUCUGAUCUGCAAGAAAUAUCAACUAAUGACUUAUGGGAACAGAAAAAACUUCAAGCUUUCCAUUAUUAUUUGCAGUUAGUGAAAGCUAAAAUGGACUGUGAAAAGAAAUUUUUUGAUAUUAGGUUUAAUAUGAAAUGCUUGGAGUUAAAUGCAUUAAAAUCAACUGUUAUGGAUGAACUAAGGUGCACUAAAAUAAUAGAGAAGUUUCAAAUGGAUGUUAAAAGUGAAGAAGAAGAGCUGGUUACAGUUAAGACCAAUAUUGAAUUAUUAAAAGAUUUUCGGUCGAAAGAAAAAGCAAAGUGGAAGCAGUGUUAUGAGAACAUGAUGAAAGUAGUUGGUAGAAAUAACAGGCAUAAAGGUUAUUUCAAACAAAUAUUUGUUAAAAGAGCUUUGUCAGCUGCUAAAUCAACUUAUCGUCGUCAUUCCAGUAGCGAAAGCUCUGAAAGUGAGCAAGACAUUGAGAGUGAGGAUGAUAAUCGAAGCUUUAGUCCAUCUGAAAUUGAUGAAAGUAUUUUAAAAAAAGUCAUGGAUUUCCGUCAAAAGAAAGAAGAGAUUGAGAAAAGAAUGAAAAUCUAUAAAAGAAAAUGUAAAAUUUUAAAGACCAAGCAAAAUGCCAUUGCUAGGAAGAUUCAAAAACUGCAUGAUUCUAUGACUGAUACUUUCAUAAAAGUUGAUUCUAUUUUGUCGACUCGUAAAAAAGAGGCUGAAUCCUUUAAGUGGCCUGUAAUCUUGUACCCUGAAAAUUUACAUGAAAACUACAUAGAUAAUCAGAAUUAUGAUGUUGGAGAACAAAAGCAAAUUAUGGAUGAAGAAAUGGCUAGAAUCCGGAAAGUCAUCACCACUCAAGUUGCUGUCAUAAAUAAAUUUGUUACAAGUUCUGUGCAUCACCUGUUUUACUUAGUUAUAUCUGCUGAAAUAAACGAUCUGAUCGAUGUCGUGCUGCUCUUGACGCCUCUAAUCAAAACUGUUUCGUCUGAAACGGAUGAGUAUUUUCAUAACAUUAUGUACCCUCCAACUUCAGUUUUGGUGGUCGUUGAUUCAUCCAAAGAGGAAGAAUUUAAUUUUAUUAAAAAUGUUUUGGAGAAAGUUGAGUUCUCUUCAGACACAGAGAGCAUUGAUAACUUGAUUUAUGAGGAAAAUGUGAAUGGAGACUCUGACUUGUUAAAAAAGACUAUGACGUCUUCCAAAAAUGAACACGAUCUCGAAAAAGAUAGUACUAAAAAAGAGAAAGAAGUUGAUGAGUUUGACUUGACAGAAUAUAUGGUAGCAGAUGAAGAUAUUGUUGAAAAACAUCCUUCAACCUCUCAGUAUGAUAUAAAUACAAUUAAAGACUCACCCAAACUGGAUACCAAUUGCACAAUGGAUUGCCUAAACUGUGAUGCAAUUGUUUCGACUGCAAUAACAUCAAUUGACUAUUCUGAACUCACACAGAAUAACAUUUCUUUAGAUUUAGAUUACUAUAUGCGUCCAUUUACGUAUGAUUUACAAUGUUAUGAAUCUGGUGGAUCUGAUGAAAAAGCUUGUGAAUUUGUUGACAGUGAUGUUGAGCAACGGUUUCCUACAUAUCCUGGAGGUGGUCUUGUAUUGACCAUGCCUGUUCUUGUAAGUAUGCAGGAAGAGGACGCAGAUCAUUUCCCUUAUCCAGAGUUUUAUCAAAAAGUCGAAUUGAAAGAAGAAGAGAUUCUGAAAGUCGAAGCGGUUCAUAUCAUUCCAACACGAAAGAGUGAAGUAUCAGUUGAGUAUGUUUUACGUCCUGAAUCAGAUUUCGUUUUGGUUGAUGUCAACAUUGUACGUAAAAUGCUGGAGUCUUAUUACAAAAUGAAAGAAUCUAUUAAGGAUUUGGAGCAAGAGUUUCAGUCACUGAAGGAAACUCUUGCAGACUCAAAACAUGACCUAUUCUACAAACAUCAGGAUCUUAAUAGAGCACAACGAGAGUUAGAUCAAGAGAUGCUCAACAAAUUCUCCCGCAAUGUUGAUUUAGAAAAUCUUUUAGAUGAGAUUGAAGGUCCAGAAUAUUUGAUUAGAAAGUAUGACCUUGAAAAGGGCUUAGAUGGCCUUAGAAAGGAAUUGAAUGAGGCAAAGAUAGAAGAAGCAGCUGCUUUAAAGUCAUUUGAUAAUUUGAGGUUUGAAGAUACAAAAGUAUGUUUUGAACUUCUUAAGCUUCGAGAAGAGUUUAGAGAAUUAAACAAACACUUUGCUGUUAAGCGUAAAGUUCUCCCGAAAAUUGGAUCGAUUAACCUUGAGCCUGAGGAUCCAUCAAAAUUAUGAGUUGAAGUUGUAAGUAAAACAAAAUUGUAACUUCUAGUUUUAUGUUUUGAUGGAAAAAUAAAUAAAUAAAGAGUUAUGAAAAAAAAUUUCAUAUUCUAUUUAUUUCAACUUUUGAAACAUAUCAUAUUUUUUAAAAAAACUUUUUGUCCUAAAUAAUUUGUGGUAUAAUAUAAUGGCAGACAUAUCUGAAAAAGUGUUAAUAUUUUUUUAUAAAUUUAGAGAGUUCCAUAUAUUGUGCUUCCAAAUUUAUUGAAUGCAAUAAAUCAGUUUUCUUUUCAGUUAAAUCUCAAAA